UCCCGGAUGGAGUAGCGCCGCCAUCUUUACGCCAGUGUUACCGGUGGGUGUUCAGUCCAGCGGAGCAACGGUUGCUGUUGCCGAUCCACCACCAGCCGAUAAUCCUCUCCCUUUCUUACUGGGACGCCACGAGCAGCCCCCAAAAACACGAACACCAUGGCGGAUAGAGAGAACUUAGUAUACCAGGCAAAACUCGCCGAGCAAGCGGAGAGAUACGACGAAAUGGUGGAGUCGAUGAAGAACGUGGCCAGUAUGGACGUGGAGCUGACGGUGGAGGAGAGGAACCUGCUGUCGGUAGCGUACAAGAACGUGAUAGGUGCCAGAAGAGCGUCCUGGAGGAUAAUCAGCAGCCUGGAACAGAAAGAAGAAAACAAAGGCGGAGAAGACAAACUAAAGAUGAUCCGGGAAUACAGGAAAACGGUCGAGAAAGAGCUGAAAUCAAUCUGCAACGACAUUCUGGAUGUACUGGACAAGCACCUCAUCUUAGCUGCAGUCACGGGAGAAUCUAAGGUUUUCUACUACAAAAUGAAGGGAGAUUACCACAGGUACCUGGCGGAGUUCGCCACGGGCAACGACAGAAAAGAGGCAGCGGAGAACAGUUUGGUUGCAUACAAAGCUGCUAGCGACAUCGCCAUGAUCGAACUCCCUCCAACGCACCCCAUUCGUCUGGGACUGGCCCUCAACUUUUCAGUUUUCUAUUACGAAAUCCUCAACUCGCCGGACCGCGCAUGCAAGCUGGCGAAGGAAGCGUUCGACAAUGCCAUCGCAGAACUGGACACGCUGAGCGAGGAAAGCUAUAAGGACUCGACACUUAUCAUGCAGUUGCUACGUGACAACUUGACACUAUGGACCUCAGACGUGCAGGGAGAUGGUGAAGAACAGAACAAAGAAGCACCUGCGCCAGAUGCGGAGGAAGAGACCCAGUGAGACUGAACCACAAAAGACAAAGUCCUCUUCCUCCUCCCCCGCCACCCCCUUUUUCUUCUUUUUUUUUUCCUCUCCUCCCAGCACUAGCAUCUGUCCCCAGCCACAGUUUUCAACUGGGUUUACACUGCAGCCCACACUCUUCCUCUGCCUUCUGUCUCACCCGUUCUCCUCAUAUGCAUGUCAUGUCCCAAUGCUCCACAGGGCCUGCUCUGGUCCCCCGUUUCCACUUCCCAGGAGUUUUACUUUUUUUUUUUUUUUUUUUCGAUGACUCGUUUUUGCAAGCCUGUACCCUUUACGGUUCAUGUCCUCCUUUUUACUGCUUUUUAUUUUUGCUUUACUUUGCUGUAUCAUCUGUUGCCAAGUACGCUUGCCUGUAUUUCUAACACACACAUAUGCAAAAGUUUAUUUAAAGACGAUACUUAGCUGUUCAUUUUCUUUCUGUAUUUGUGUGUUUCUAAACAAUAUAUAUUGUCCAUGCAGUCGGUCAGUUUUGAAACAUUUCAGUUUGCAAAUUUGAGGAAAUAAAAAGUGGCGAUGAAAGAUUUAAA